GUGAUUGCAUUAUUUACAUCCGCCAUCUUGGGUAGGGUCAGGGGUCGUCAGCUUCUGGGGCGAAGCAGGUCGAGAAAGACGAAUAACACGGUCUAAAAUCACAAGAUACAUUUAACAACCAUCUAGUAAGACAGCAGAAGAGACCAAGAACCACGAAAGAUACUUUUACAAUGAUGUAAGCGCCAGCAAACAUGAUAUUCAAGCUUAUACUGCAACGGUUGACGUGUCACUGAACUGUCAAAGUUAUCUGACGUAACAAAAUUCAGUCUUGCCGGGAACAAGUGGACGAUAUACUUAGGCAACAUGUGGCUGAAACUGUGUCUCCUGUUGAUCUACAUCGUCGUGCUGUUCAUCUUGGCCCGCAUGUUGGAAGCAAUCAGCUGGUACGAGACCGGGGCCUUAUCAAAGAGGUUGCUGGACCCGAUGACUUUGUCCGUGAUGAAACUCAAAGCCUUGUUGGAACAGCGUGGUGUCGGCUUUGAAGGAGUUGUGCUGGAGAAAUCCGACCUGAAGGAGCUCGUAGAAGGGUCUGGUCCAGUAACAGAUGAAGAGGUGGUGAGUGCUGCUCGUGAGGAGGAGACGUCCACUGUCACCAAUUUCAUCAGGCGCCAUUUCUUUGAACAAGUGGAAGAUGCCAAGGACAGUGUUUGGUUGAUCCAGGUUUACAACGCGCACAGAACACCAGUCUUGCUUGGAGAUUCGCGCUGGAAGAGCAUCAGGAAAAAGGUGUCGCGAUUCGGAGUCCGAGCUGGAAUACUUGACUGCUCACUUGACAUGAGGUACUGUCUCAACAAAGGUUGGCACACACCCCGACUUCUUUUGGCUCUACCAGGAGAGUUCGAGGCCAAGUCCAAUGUUCACAUUCACACCUACGACGGACCCACAAAGACAAACCUGCUGUAUAACUGGAUACGGGAAAAGUUAGGACGGCAAAGUUGAAAAAAUAACUCAUACCAAACAGUUUGUUGAGGAUUGGUACAAGUUCAAAGAUCCAUUCUUGAAUCCUGAAAUUCGGACGGUCUACUUUACGAAUCAGAAAAACAUACCAAUGUUUUAUUCAGCACUUAGUGUGAAGUUCCCAG